AUGGCUGCAGACACCUGCUUAGACGGCCCCGGGUCCGGCGGGCCAGAGGUGGAGGCGCUCCGGCCGCCCCCGAUCCAGACCCGGAACUCGGGGGACCCGGACAAGGAGAGCCCGGGCUGCAAGCGGCGGCGCACCCGCACCAACUUCACCGGCUGGCAGCUAGAGGAGCUGGAGAAGGCGUUCAACGAGAGCCACUAUCCCGACGUGUUCAUGCGCGAGGCGCUGGCGCUGCGCCUAGACCUGGUGGAGUCCCGAGUUCAGGUCUGGUUCCAAAACCGCCGGGCCAAGUGGAGGAAGAAGGAGAACACGAAGAAGGGCCCGGGGCGGCCGGCGCACAACUCGCACCCAACCACGUGCAGCGGCGAGCCCAUGGACCCGGAGGAGAUCGCGCGCAAGGAGCUGGAGAAGAUGGAGAAGAAGAAGCGCAAGCACGAGAAGAAGCUGCUGAAGAGCCAGGGCCGCCACCUGCACUCGCCCGGCGGCCUGUCGCUGCACAAAGGGAGUCAGAGGCCACACACGUCCUACCUGGAGGUGACCUUCAAGCCCCUGUCCCGCUCUCCCAAACCCGCACGAUGGCAAAGCUUCGCGGCGCUAAUAGCCUUUCUGGCAACGGCCACCCCGACGGUCCCCUCCUGCGGCAAGUUCAGCUCAGACCAGGACGACUCCUUCCGCUUCCGUACGGGCUCCUGCCCGGCCGAGGGAGGGCUGCUGGGGACCUGGCUCCCCGUUGGGGGCUUCUUGGGCAGCGUCUUCAGCAUGGCCCAGCCCACAUCCAAGCACCCUGGGCCGACACCGCGAGUCCCCGGGCAGGAGCAGGAGCGCCGUGACAAGCUGGAGAUAUGUCAGUGCGGUUAUCGGCAGAAGGCAACAUCUGCCUACCCUGACAUCAACAAUGUUCUCAGGAGCAGUGUGGCGGAAAAUUGA